AUGGAUCAGACGUUCUUCCAGGAUGGUCUUGCGUGCGGCACCUGCGUGGAGAUCGCCCCCACGAGCGCAUCGCUCUUUAGCAACGCUGCGCAGUGGAACGUCGAGCAGCCCAAGCGUGGCACCCUCCCCGCGGGUAAAAAGACGAUUGCGAUUGUCAGUGAUCUAUGCCCCGGCGUAAACCAGUGCUGGUCGGGACUGGAUAUGCACCUGGAUGCGUGGAACAGCGUCACGAGCAACGCUAAUGGCAGCAAGCUGCCGAUCAACUGGAAGUUCGUCAACUGCAAAGAAGCUUUCGCCUCGUCGGGAAGCGGAGGUAGCUCGCUGCAGGUGCACUGGAGAGAGGGGGCCAACCCCGGCUUCUUCCAGGUCCAGAUUCGUGGUGCCCACGAGGCGGUGGUUAGGGUCGAGAUGAAGAUCCAGGGCGAGACGUGGAAGGUGGCGACGCAUGUGGACAACAACUGGUGGAAGUGGGACGGUGUCGCCCAGGAGGCCGGUACAAAGUCGGUCGUAUUCAGAAUCGUGGAUUGGCAGGCUCAGACCAUCACGACCGAGGUGCCCACCAAGAUCGGUACGGAUGUGUUUGUGCAGGCCAACUUUGACCGUGUCGAGUCGUCCAACUAG